AUGAGACCCGAGAUUGAACAGGAGUUGUCGCAUACUCUUUUAACAGAGUUAUUGGCCUAUCAAUUUGCUUCACCAGUUAGAUGGAUUGAAACUCAGGAUGUCUUUUUAAAGCAUAAUACUGAACGUGUUGUUGAAAUUGGACCGUCCCCCACUUUGGCUGGUAUGGCUUCAAGGACUAUUAAGGCAAAAUAUCAAUCGUACGAUGCUGCAUUGUCUUUACAACGUCAGGUCUUGUGCUAUUCAAAAGAUGCAAAGGAGAUCUACUACAAACCAGAUCCAGUUGAAAUUGAGGAAAAAAAGAAGAAAAAGAGUCAGGAAACUGAAACUGAAACUCCUGUAGCAGCAGCAGCACCCACAGUAGCAGUAGCAGCAGCAGCAGCAGCAGCAGCAGUAGCACCUGCUCCUUCUGGCCCAGUCGAGUCAAUUCCAGAUGAACCAGUCAAGGCAUCCCUCUUAUUACACGUGUUAGUUGCACAAAAAUUGAAAAAACCACUAGAUGCUGUUCCUAUGACCAAGGCUAUCAAAGAUUUAGUCAAUGGGAAAUCAACUGUGCAAAAUGAAAUCUUGGGUGAUUUAGGUAAGGAGUUUGGUUCAACACCAGAAAAACCAGAGGAUACUCCAUUGGAAGAAUUGGCUGAACAAUUUCAAGACACAUUUUCAGGUCAAUUGGGUAAAACUUCUACUUCAUUAAUUGGUAGAUUAAUGUCCUCCAAAAUGCCCGGAGGUUUCUCAAUGACUUCAGCUAGAAAGUACUUGGAAUCAAGGUUCGGUUUAGGUCCUGGUAGACAAGAUUCUGUGUUAUUGACUGCCUUGUGUAAUGAGCCUGCUAACAGAUUGGGCUCCGAAGCAGAAGCUAAAGCAUUUUUCGACACUGUUGCUCAGAAAUACGCUUCUCAAGCCGGUAUCUCCUUAUCAUCAGCAUCAGCUGGAGCAGCGGGCGGUAACGGAGGAAAUGGCGCUGUUGUUGAUAGCGCUGCAUUGGAUGCGUUAACCGCAGAGAAUAAAAACUUGGCAAGACAACAAUUGGAAGUUUUAGCGAGAUAUCUUCAAGUGGAUUUGAACAAAGGAGCAAAAUCUUUUAUCAAGGAAAAGGAGGCCACUGCUGUAUUACAGCAAGAGCUAGACUUGUGGGAAGCUGAACACGGUGAAUUUUAUGCCAAGGGCAUAAAACCAACAUUCUCUCACUUGAAAUCGAGAACCUACGAUUCGUAUUGGAAUUGGGCCAGACAGGAUGUUUUGUCCAUGUGGUACGAUAUCAUCUUUGGAAAAUUAACAUCAGUUGAUAGAGAAACAAUCAAUCAAUGUAUCCAGAUUAUGAACAGAGCUAAUCCAACUUUGAUCAAAUUUAUGCAAUAUCAUAUCGAACUUUGCCCAGAGUACAGAGGAGAAACUUACCGUUUGGCUAAGAAAUUAGGUGAACAGUUGAUGGACAAUUGUAAACAGGUGCUUGGGGAAGACCCGGUUUAUAAAGAUGUUACUAGAAUCACAGGCCCAAAAACCACUGUUGGACCAAAAGGUGACAUUGUGUACGAAGAAGCAAAUAAGGAGUCUGUUCGUAAAUUUGAGCAAUAUGUGUUUGAAAUGGCUCAAGGAGGUCCAAUGACCCAAGUUAAACAAGCAACUAUUCAAGAAGACUUGGCAAGAGUAUACAAAGCAAUUUCUAAACAAGCUUCAAGAGAGACCAAAUUGGAGAUACAAAAAGUUUAUGACCAAUUGUUGAAAGUUGUUGCAGCUUCAAGUGAAAUUGAAACAGCACAAACAACAAAGGAUGCACUUGCUAUUCCAACAGGUACAAAUACCCCGGAUGAAGAUGAAUUGUCCACUGCCUCAGAUGAUGAUGAAAUCGCUUCAUUGCCGGAUAGAACAUCCAUCAUUCAACCAGUUUCAGCAACUGUGCCAUCACAAACCAUUCCCUUCUUGCACAUUCAAAGUAAGAGAGAGUCUGGCGAUUGGGAAUAUGACCGUAAGUUAUCGUCGGUUUAUUUGGAUGGUUUAGAGUCGGCUGCUAUCAAUGGAUUGACUUUUAAAAACAAGCAAGUUUUAGUAACAGGUGCUGGUGCAGGUUCAAUUGGUGCAGAAAUCUUGCAAGGUUUAAUUAGUGGUGGUGCCAAAGUUAUUGUUACCACCUCCAGAUACUCCAAGAAAGUGACCGAAUACUAUCAAAACAUGUAUGCUAGAUAUGGUGCAGCGGGGUCCACUUUAAUAGUUGUUCCAUUCAACCAAGGUUCCAAACAAGACGUUGACUCUUUGGUCGACUACAUCUACAACGAUCCCAAAAAGAAUGGUUUAGGAUGGGAUUUGGAUGUUAUCAUUCCAUUUGCUGCUAUCCCAGAAAACGGAAAUGGUAUUGAUAAUAUUGAUUCUAGAUCCGAAUUUGCCCACAGGAUCAUGUUGACCAAUCUUUUGAGAUUGUUGGGUGCCGUUAAAGCUAAAAAGACUACUGAUACUAGACCAGCUCAAUGUAUCUUGCCAUUAUCACCAAACCAUGGUACUUUUGGAUUUGACGGUUUGUACUCUGAAUCAAAAAUUUCCUUGGAGACAUUGUUUAACAGAUGGUACUCAGAGGACUGGGGAACCAAAUUAACCAUCUGUGGUGCUGUUAUUGGAUGGACUAGGGGUACUGGUUUGAUGAGCGCCAACAACAUCAUUGCUGAAGGUAUUGAAAAAUUGGGUGUUAGAACCUUUUCCCAAAAGGAAAUGGCUUUCAACAUUUUAGGUUUGUUGACUCCGGAAAUUGUUAAAUUGUGUCAAGAGGAGCCCAUCAUGGCUGAUUUGAAUGGUGGCUUACAAUUCAUUGACAAUCUUAAAGAGUUCACCUCUAAAUUAAGAAAAGAUUUAACUGAAACUGCUGAGAUUAGAAGAGCAGUAUCUAUAGAAACAGCUAUUGAACAAAAGGUCAUUAAUGGUGACAAUGUCGAUGCCAACUACAGCAAAGUGACUGUUCAGCCUAGAGCCAAUAUGAAAUUUGACUUUCCAAAAUUAAAAUCUUAUGAUGAGAUCAAACAAAUUUCACCAGAUUUGGAAGGUAUGUUGGAUUUAGAAAAUGUUGUUGUUGUUGCCGGAUUUGCUGAAGUGGGACCAUGGGGUAAUGCAAGAACCAGAUGGGAAAUGGAAGCAAAAGGAGAAUUUUCGCUUGAAGGUGCUAUUGAAAUGGCAUGGAUUAUGGGUAUGAUCAAGUAUCAUAAUGGUACAUUAAAAGGAAAACCAUAUUCCGGAUGGAUUGAUGCUAAAACCCAAACCCCAGUCGACGAUAAGGACAUUAAAGCUAAAUAUGAAGAGCAAAUUUUGGAACAUUCCGGUAUUAGAUUGAUUGAGCCAGAGUUAUUCCAUGGUUAUGACCCUAAAAGGAAGCAAAUGAUUCAAGAGGUUGUUAUUCAACAUGAUUUGGAGCCUUUUGAAUGUUCAAAGGAAACAGCCGAGCAGUACAAACGCGAGCAUGGUGACAAGUGUGAAAUUUUUGAAAUUGAAGAAAGUGGUGAAUACACUGUUCGCAUAUUGAAGGGCGCCACAUUAUUUAUACCUAAGGCAUUGAGAUUUGAUCGAUUAGUUGCUGGUCAAAUACCAACUGGUUGGGAUGGAAGGACCUAUGGUAUUCCAGAAGAUACAAUCAGCCAAGUUGAUCCAAUCACAUUGUAUGUCUUGGUUGCAACUGUUGAAGCCUUAUUAUCAGCUGGUAUUACUGAUCCUUAUGAAUUUUAUAAAUAUGUUCAUGUUUCCGAAGUUGGUAAUUGUUCUGGUUCUGGUAUGGGUGGUGUAAGUGCUUUGAGAGGAAUGUUCAAAGACAGAUACGCCGAUAGACCAGUACAAAAUGAUAUUUUGCAAGAGUCCUUCAUAAACACCAUGGCUGCUUGGGUGAAUAUGUUAUUGUUAUCUUCAUCUGGACCAAUAAAGACACCAGUUGGUGCUUGUGCCACUGCUGUUGAAUCUGUUGAUAUUGGUAUUGAAACAAUCUUGUCAGGAAAGGCUAAAGUUGUUAUAGUUGGUGGUUAUGAUGACUUCCAAGAAGAAGGCUCCUAUGAGUUUGCCAAUAUGAAUGCUACUUCUAAUGCUGUUGAAGAAUUCAAACACGGAAGAACGCCAAAGGAGAUGUCAAGGCCAACUACCACUACGAGAAAUGGAUUUAUGGAAGCUCAAGGUUCCGGUAUUCAGGUUAUUAUGACUGCUGAUUUAGCUAUCAAAAUGGGUGUUCCAAUUCAUGCAGUAUUGGCUAUGACUGCUACUGCCACCGACAAGAUUGGUAGAUCAGUACCAGCACCAGGUAAGGGUAUUUUGACCACUGCUAGGGAACAUCAUGGAGGUUUGAAAUACCCAACACCAAGCUUGGACAUCAAGUAUAGAAGAAGACAAUUGAACAAGAGAUUGGAACAGAUUAAAGCUUGGGAGGAAUCGGAGUUGAAUUACUUGCACGAAGAGACAAGCAUAGCCAAACAACAAUACGGCGAUGAAUUUUCUGAAUCCGAUUUCUUAAAAGAGAGGACGGAGGAGAUUUAUAGGGAAUCAAGAAGACAAGUUUCUGAUGCUAAGAAACAAUGGGGUAACUCGUUCUUUAAGUCAGAUCCUCGUAUUGCUCCUUUGAGAGGUUCUUUAGCUGUGUAUGGAUUAACAAUUGAUGAUAUUGGUGUUGCUUCCUUCCAUGGUACAUCAACAGUUGCCAACGACAAGAACGAGUCUGCUACUAUCAACAGCAUGAUGAAGCAUUUGGGUAGAUCAGAAGGUAACCCAGUAUUUGGUGUUUUCCAGAAAUACUUGACGGGACAUCCAAAAGGUGCUGCAGGUGCUUGGAUGUUGAAUGGAGCUAUUCAGAUUAUGGAGACUGGUAUUGUUCCAGGUAACAGGAAUGCAGACAAUGUUGAUAAGUUGUUGGAGCAGUAUGAGUAUGUGUUGUAUCCUUCCAGAUCUAUCCAGACCGAUGGUAUUAAAGCUGUUUCUGUUACAUCUUUUGGAUUUGGUCAAAAGGGUGCACAAGCUGUUGUUGUUCAUCCCGAUUACUUGUAUGCAGUGUUGGACAGACAGACUUUUGAAGAUUAUGCUUCCCGGGUUACUGCUAGAAACAAGAGAAGGUACCGUUACAUGCACAAUGCUAUCACCAGAAACACCAUGUUUGUUGCCAAGGAUAAAGCGCCAUACUCUGACGAGUUGGAGCAACCUGUUUACUUGGAUCCAUUAGCCAGAGUUGAGAAUCAAAAGAGCAAUAACAAGUUGGUGUUUUCCCAGAAGAAUAUUCAGUCACAAGGCUCAUACAUCAGCGACCUUUCGGAAAACACGGCAAAAGCCUUAUCUGUAUUGAACAAGUCCUCUAAAGGUGUUGGUGUUGAUGUCGAAUUGUUAUCUUCCAUCAACAUUGAAGAUGAAACUUUUAUUGAGAGAAAUUUUGUUCGUGAGGAAAUUGCAUACUGCAGAAAUUCACCUAAUCCUCAAGCUUCGUUUACUGGUACCUGGUCUGCUAAGGAAGCUACAUUCAAGGCUUUGGGAGUCAAAUCACAAGGCGGUGGUGCAAGUUUAAUAGAUAUUCAAAUCAUUAGAGACACUAAAGGAGCUCCUAAAGUUUUCUUACAAGGAUUGGCCAAAACGGCGGCUCAAAGAGCAGGUGUAAAGCAAGUUAACGUCUCAAUAUCUCAUGACGACUUUCAAGCUACUGCCGUUGCUUUAAGUGAGUUUUAA